AUGCCCAGGUAUCCUCUCCAAGAUACUUGCCUGGCUGUGAUUACUUUCACGCCAGUACUGGCCACGAUUUUCGUCGCACUCAGGCUAUACACAAGACGAAAGCUCAAUCUACGACUAGGAUGGGAUGACUGGCUAAUCGUCUUCCCCACCAUACUAUCUCUCGCCCUCAUUGGGCCCUCCUAUAGGCAUGUGAAGAUGUGGCACGUAGGCAUACAUAUAUGGGAGAUUCCACCAAACGAUAUCGAGCCCAAUUAUGACGAAUAUCAUCAAGUCCUGCUCGCAUUCAACCUCCUCAACAUACCUAUCCUGCCGCUCGUGAAAGCUUCUAUCAUUCUCCUCCUCUUACGAGCUGGGUCAGUCAUCGAAUGGAUGAAGAAGACUCUAUACGGCAUACUCAUAGUUACCGUCGGAAGCGCGCUGAUCCCGUGGUGUCUGUACAUCUUCAUCUGCCCGCCGCAGACGGGGAACACAUGGAAACCGCGAACUUUUGGGGGACUACACUGCAUGGGCCGACAUCGGAUGGGCGAGAUGCUAAUCUGGGUUACAUGCGCGAAUCUCCUUACGGAUCUUCUGAUUUUUCCAAUUCCCUUCAUCAUUGUUCGCCGCAUGAUGAGUGCGAGACUACGAUCACGGCUAGUGGUGCUGGCGGUCUUCACCUCGAGCUUAGCUGUCACGGGAAUUGGCGCAGCCAAGAUCUAUCUUACGUAUCGCGACCGACUGUUUACUUCGUUCAAGACCGACUGGACCUACCCGAUUGACUAUUGCAUUAGCCACAUCGAGAAUAACGUCGCCAUUAUUGUGGCUAACAUUCCGAUUUUGCGCGGUCUCGUUACACGAUGGGUUUUCAACUUUAAGACCAAAGCCACACCCAUGGAGCGUGAGUUUCGGAGUGAAUGGCAAUGGAGCAACUCGAACUCAUCUACGGUUACCCAUGUGGCAAGUCGGAAGCGGAGGUUCCUCAACAAGAUCAUACCUUGUCUUACGGAUGACUUCUCUUCCUCGCUCGCCCGCUCAGGCGACUUCUUCGACUCGGGAAAUCAGGGCCGCCUCAAACCUGCGGUUCUACGAAAGAAGACUCGGUCUUUUAAACCCAGAUCCCGUAAGCCAAGUCGCAGGAACAGUGUUGAUAGAUACGAAAAAGCCGAUUGUCUUGAGAAGGGCGACGUUCUAGAGACAGUGACGACUAUUGGAAGUUUAGGGAGCGCACCGACGCUAGUGGACAUUCACAAAGAGAUCGAAUGGAGAUUGAGUGAAGCAACCAUGGUGUCUAGCCCGAGGCGACCCGAAGAGGCUACGUUCAUGUCUAGCACAAGGCGUAACUCAGAGACAGCGCUCAUGUCGAGCCCCAGACGGGUUUCGGGCGCGACACUGAGUCCAGUGCUUAGUCCGAUUAUACCUUUGAGCCCGGUGCUGCUUAGGGAAGAGGAGGAUGAGGACGAGAUUCUAAGAUACCCAUGA